AUGAUGCUUCGCUCUUUCUUGUCGGUCAGAAAGCCUGUCCAACAACAACCUAUGCUAAAAACCGCAGUCAGAAUGAUCAGAACUUUCAAACAGGAAGAACAACCUAGACUGAGAAUCAACUCUGCUGCGCCCAAUUUCACUGCUGCAUCGACCCAGGGCCAAUUGAACCUGUACGAUUACUUAGGAGACUCGUGGGGUGUUUUGUUUUCGCACCCUGCCGAUUUCACACCGGUGUGCACCACUGAACUAGGAGCUUUUGCCAAGUUGAAGCCCGAGUUUGACAAGCGUAAUGUCAAGCUCAUCGGUCUGUCUGCGGAAGAGGUCGACAAGCACCAGUCGUGGAUCAAAGACAUCGAAGAAAUCAGCACUCUAGACAAGUUUUCGUUCCCCAUCAUCGGCGACUCCAGCCGCGAGGUCUCCUUUCUGUACGAUAUGGUUGACGAGGAGGGCUUCAAGAACCUCAGCAAGGGCAUUGUAGCCACCAUCAGAAGCGUGUACGUGAUUGACCCUGCCAAGAAGGUGCGUUUGAUCAUCACAUACCCAGCUUCUGUGGGCAGAAACUCGAGUGAGGUGCUCAGAGUCAUCGACGCGCUACAGAAGGGCGACUCCAAAGGUGUCGUGACCCCCAUCAACUGGCAACCGGGCGAAGAUGUCAUUAUUCCCCCCACCGUGUCUGACGCAGACGCCAAGUCAAAAUUCGGUGAGUUCAAGACUGUUAAGCCAUACUUGCGUUACACCAAGGCUUAA